GAUUCACUUUGAACACGUUCAAAUGCGAAGUUUUCUGGACUCCACCAGUUUUUUAGGACAAGAAAGUCCUAUUCAGUCAUCUUAUAGUUUCUUUAGUUGCAGCAGUAGUCAUUCUGCGUAUUUUUGCAGAGAAAGUAAGAGGAGUCUUUUAUUUUCAAGCAAGAAAAGUUGGGGAGUUGCUAGAGUUUCAAGGUUUUCUCGCGCAACUCCCUUCGCUUCUACAGCUCCAGAUCAGGAUGCAGCAAGUUUUCGGGAGAAAGAGCCUACUGGAACCAAGUGGAAGUUGCACUUGCCGUUGAAGUUUCUCUCUUUUCUUUUUGGUAGAGGUAACAGAAUGAAGGACUUUGAAACGUGGAAUUUGGAAGAAAGUGACGCGGAUUUCCAAAAAGUUUUUAUGAAUUCGUUUUCGAGACCUGGUUUUAUGAGGCCAGUCACAGAGGAUGUUUCGAAAAGAAUUAUGCUUAGAAAUGUGGGACGAAUUCGUUCCAUUCGUCCUUGUAGCAUUUCAGAAGAUAUUUUGCUCGUUACUGUUGAGAGAGAAACAGUUAAUGCUAGUCAGAAUUGGAUGCACGAGCGACCUGGUCAGUUUGUCCAAAUUAGCGGCAAGCCCUCUCAUGCGAGCUGUUCAUCCAUGGCAGUUAUUGCUUCUGCACCAUUUUUUGUGGAUAAUUCGAAUGUAAUUGAACUUGUUAUCAGUAAGCAAAGUGACCCUUGCAAGCUUUCAAAGAAAAUUGGAGAACAAGUUUUUCUAAGUCCCAUUAUGGGUCAUGGACUGGAUUAUGUAUAUCCUAGCAAGUCAGAGAGACUUUAUGUUUUCGUAGAUUGUCCACAAGGUAUGGCAGCUGUUAGGUCUUUUUUGAAGUGGCAUCUUUUUCGAGCAAUGUCCGGCACGGGAACUUAUCGAACCACCCAAGUGACUGUAUUUUACGAGGCUCCAAACAGUACUUUUAUGGCUUUUUUGUCCGACUUUCGUGAUUGGAAUGUUUUUGGUGUUGAAGUAGUACCAGUUUUGGAUUGCAGUUUGAAAGAUUUUGUGCCCAGUUACUUGAAUUCGAAGUCUUUUCAUUCAUUAACAGUUUCUUCUAUUUUUGCUGUUGCAAGUGAUAGAACUGCAAAUUUUCUACAGAGUUUACUGCUUUGUCAUGGUGUAAAGUUGUCAUUUAUGCAGUCACUUACCCAGGAAAGGCUGGAAAGAGAGUUUACGGAAUUCAAGAAGCUUGACCACUUUCAAGAGGCUGAGGAUAGUUAUUUGGAAAUGGAAAGAGAAAUGUUUGAGGAGAAAAUGUGGAAUACUUGGAAGCAGCAACGGGAAGGGAUGUGGUCUGAAUUUGUAGAAAGGCGUCAUAUGAGAGAGACAAGCAGACCGUCAGCAAGCGAUGAAAAAGAGUUAUGGGACGAUUGGUUCUCUCGAAACAGUGAAAGUUGGAAAGACAGCAUUUGGGACGAACAUAUGUGGCAACAGUAUUGGAGUACUUGGAAGGACGAACGUGAGUCAUGGUUUCAUUCAGGUUCGUUCAACACGAGAGACUUUGGAGGUCCUGGCAGCUACAGCAAGACAGGUUAUGGAUAUCACGAUCCAUCUUAUGCAUCGGGCUGGGAUACUGAGAGUUUCUCAGCCAAUUCUAGUUAUUCUGAUGAUUCUAGUUCCAUUGGAAGUUUCUCAUCAGAUAGUUAUUUUGACCCUUAUGCAAUACUCGAAAUUAGCAAUGGUGCUUCUAUAAGUGAAGUGAAGCGGGCUUAUCGACAACAGGCACUUCGAUGGCAUCCUGACUUGAAUAAGGAUAAUUUGGAGCUUUCAAAGAGGAGAAUGCAACAAGUUAUUUUGGCUUAUCAAAUCGUAAAGGAAGAAUAUAGGCAUCGUUGUAGAUAGUGUCGUUUGACAAUGAAGAAUGAUCAUGUGUAUGUAGUCGUUAUACAUACAUACUUAUCAUGAUAGGGAAACGUUUAUAUUUGUUCAAAGACAUUGGGAUGGGAAGUUUUACGGGAUAUAUAAUUGUUUGAUGUGAAAAUUGGGUUUCCGGUAAAUAAUAAAUUUUUCUCGUAAGUC